UUUCAUUUCAUUCAUUCCACAACACAUAAUUCGCGAAUGAUUCACAGAUAGCUUCAUCGUCGCACCCACAAUGUCCUCCAGAUUCAGCGCCGCGCGCCCGAAACGCGCCGGCGAGAACUACGCGCGAGCGCAUCAUGCAGAACCAAACUCCAAGAAAGUCAAGUUCGACGUUAGGAAUCCGUCCGCUCUCGCCCCCGACGCCGAGGAUGAGGACGACGAAGACGACGCAUACCUGCAGGCAGACGCCGAUGUCAUUCGUGGAAGCGCUGCGACUAAACGUAGAGCUGUGAAUAUCGACGGUUACGAUUCAGAUUCCGACCGAGAGGAUCUAGGCACUUUACAUGCGUCGAAAUCCAAAGCGAAGAAAGAAGACGAAGAUAUGGAUGAUAUGUUUGCGGCCGAGGAAGAUGAAGACGAGAAAGAUGAUACGGUGGACGAGACUACCGGGAAGAAAAGCAAGGAGGUCAAAUUCGUGGAUACUGUCGAUAUCGAUGGCCAAGAAGCAGAGUCAAAAUCCGGAGGACAAGUACGUCUCGAUGACGAGUCGUCCGAGGAUGAUGACGAAGAGACGGUAGAGCUUGCCAUACAAGAAGAAGGGAUCGACACAGAAGUCGGUGCCGGAGGAUUGAAGAAGCACGCCCCAAAAGUCGAAGCUUUCAAUCUACGAGCCGAGAACGAAGAGGGACGAUUCGACGAGGCCGGGAACUUCGUGCGCAAAGCCAUAGACCCCGACGCCAUCCACGACCGAUGGCUAGAAGGCGUCAGCAAAAAGGAGAUGAAGAAAGCAGCAGAAGCGCACGAACGGCGCGAAGCCGAGCAACGACAAAAGCGCAAAGAGGAUGACAGCGCCCUAACUUCCGACCUGCUCAAAUCCCUAAUCCUACAACUCGAGCGUGGUGAGACGGCGUUAGAAGCGCUAGCAAGGCUGGGUCGAAGUCAGACGAAAACGAAGAAAGUUCCCAAGUGGAAGCAGAAGAAGCAAAAGCCAGACUCGAUGGACGUGGACGGCGAGAAAGCGCCAGAAGAUCCGGAGCAAACACGCAUUAAGGACGCCAUCAGCGCCAUCACCGACGCCGCGGAUAAACUACUCGGGAGGGAUCGGCCGGAUAUCUACGAUAGGGAAAGAGAGCUUCUAGUCCGGGAAUACACGCGCGAGGCGGACGAGCCAUGGGUAGAGCCGAAAGCGAAAUCUGAGGAGGUACCAGCAAAUAAGAUGUGGGAAUUCCGGUGGACGGACGGUAGGGAUAACGCAGAUAAACAAGGGCCGUUUGAUGGACCGACCAUGAAGGCAUGGCAGGACGCUGGCUAUUUUGGAGAGGGUGUCGAGUUUAAAGAAGCUGGCGAUAGUAGUUGGAGUCGUAUUGCCGACUUUGCGUGAUUGUGAGGUUCCGUAAGACCGUAAAAGGGUGAUAUCACCAGCAUAUAAUAGCUACACUUUUAAUACGAU